CGAGGCGUGUAGCAACUUCAGCAGAAGCAUCUUAGAAUGCCACCCCUUUCCUCACUCAGGGAUUGAACAAAGCACAGUGGAGAAAGACUAGAUAUUAUCAUUAACACAAGCCACUACAGGCUACCACUGCAUCUGCCUCCUCACCUUGAGAAGAAUAACCUGUUGAAUUGGCUAGGAGCGAUUGCCGUGGAGAAGGGAGCUAGAUUUCCUGGGACAACAGGGGAUCCGAGGGGCUGCUCCAAAGCUAUGCUGUGGGGAGGGGGAAUCGGUACUCCUGCUGGCUGCAGCCCAUCUGGUUGGGCCAGAGUGUAAAUUGGUUUGCUUUGAGGUGGAGGGGAGAGAGGAAGUGGUUCGUCUGCUUUUGCUCGGGCUUUUCCCAGGAUGGCUUCACUCUUUCGGCACUUGCGGAUCCUGCUGUGGAAAAACUGGCUGAGCGUCAGGAGGCAACCACUUUGGUCGCUCACUUUAAUUUCCUGGCCGUUGGUUGUUUUUAUAAUCCUGGCUAUUGUCCGAAUCAAAUUCCCUCCAGAACCACAACCGAACUGUUAUCUAGCGCCUCGGAACCUCCCCAGUGCCGGUUUGUUCCCCUUCCUGCAAACCGUGCUCUGCGACUCAGAUGCCAAGUGCAAGGCCACGCCGUACACACCAGAAGAUCUGCUACCAAGACUCCUUGGCAGCUCCCCAAUCAGACGAAAGGAGAAAAGAUCAUCUAACUUGGGGGAGGCCGUCCAUCCAUCACCGCCUAGUGCCAAGGUUCCAAAAAACAGGAAUGCUUCACGAGCAUUAUCGGAUUCAAUAGCGAACUUGGAAAAAACCUUGGAAGAUAUUUCAUCACCAUCCAACUCGACCUCCAGAAUAAAUAUGCUCAACAAAAUUCUAAGUUUUGGGAAGGUUCAGACACAGGACUCCUCACCAGAGAACCUCAAAAUGGUUAUUUGUGAGAUCAUGUCACCAUAUCUGGCUUCGUCCAAUCUCUCCAGGAAAAGCAUGGGAGCACACAUUCACAGGACAUUUUGUUUCACCAACACGUCUCUUUUGGAGUCCUUUUUCCAAGCGUUCAGGAGUCAGAUCUCUCAGUUGCAACAGGACCCUCCGUACCAGGUGACGUUUGUCAAAGAAACGGUCUCGUUCCUGUCACUCCUCUCACGAGUGCAGAACGAAAAGUCUUUGUGGCGCUUCCUCCUGAUGGCCCCAGACAUGAUCCGAGGCAGCCUGGGAAUGAAGGACAAACAUUAUUUUCUUCAAAACCCAAGCAGUGCUCUGCGGGCACCUCCAAAGGUUUCUCCACCAGUCAUAAGUAAUGAAACUAUCCAGAACAGGGUUGUGUGUCUUGUGUAUUCCCUGAUCUAUCCAGAACAAGGCAAAACUAACAGCUCAACAAUGGCUGAUAUUUGCAAUCUCUCUAUUAACCGGAAAGACAAACAAAGUUUGGUAUCUCAGAUGGAAGAAGUUUGGAGAAAAAGCAAAUUACUGGAGUUUGAUGGAGAAGACUUCAUAAGAGCUACUUUCUCAAAGUAUUUAAAAAUCAUACAAAAGUCCCUACAACUUUUAAAAGGCUUCCAACAAAAUUUGAAUAGAAACAAAUUAGAAAAUGUAAAGCCAUUCACUGAUGUUGAGAACGGAACCAUUCAGCGAUUGCAUAACAUUCUGAAGUUGGGAAUGAAUAUCUUCUAUGACUAUAAAUUAAGGAAACCAUUAAGUAAGGAAACAAUUGAUGAAGUCUAUAACGUCACAUCUCUUCUACUUCUCAAAGAUUUUAAUGGGACUUCUGUUUUCAAUGUAGCAGCACAUUGGAAUGAAAUUCAAAGAACGUUUAAAUUAGCUACAGUGAUAUGGGAUCUAGCAUUUUUAAAUAAGACGCAUUUUAAUACAAGUAAGACAUGGGAUGUUAUCAAAAUGAAGAUAUCUCAUAAGUUUUCAUCAUUGCCUGAAGACAUAAAACACUGCCUCAGUGUAAUGCAAGAAAUCCCAUCUUUGUUUUCAGGUUCCUUUCUUGAACCUACUGUCGGUGAAAUCUUUCAGGAGCAGUUCAAUACUUUCCAGAGAAUCUUUCUUAGUAUGAAGAAUACGAAUAUGAGUUACUGCUAUCCACUGGGAAUUGUUUUUGAACUUUCACGGGCAAUCCAAAAUUCCAUCCCCGAAGACCUGUGGAAGGAGCUGAAUAUCUAUUGGCAGAUUUUCGAAAAACUGAGGUCCACAAAAUGGAAGAACGCUGAUACCCUGCACAGCUGUUUACACUCACUGAAUAAUGCUUCGGGUGCUCUUUUCAAUACAGAAUUGGAACAACUAACAGAAUUUGCAACCCACAUGUUACAAGAGCAUGGUAGCGAAGCCUCCAAAGUGGCCAAUAUCUCAAUGGCCAUAGAAGCCAUCCAAAAAACCAUGGAUAUAUUAAAAGAUUUGCAGCAAAAGAUUGAUAUCAGUACAUUAGAAACUAUUCAUCGACUUUUUAAUUUUGGCAAAAACAACACUGGUAGAUUGAUGGAAAUAUUGAGAGCUGGCAUGAAAAUCCUUUAUGACACCAAAUUGAGUGAUGUAUCCAACAAGGACAAAAUUAAUGCGGUCUAUAAUUUCUCACAGCUGCUCCUUCAAAAAGAGUUUAACAAGACUUCCUUACAGUACAAGACUUCACUGGAAGGAAAAGUGUUGGAUCUCUUGCAUUUAAUCUUGAGUCCCUUCCUAGCAGAAAAUAAUACUCAGAAUGAAAAGCCACAGAACUGCUCUAUCCAAAACGUUCUCCACAUAACACUUCAGAUGUUCCUUAAAAAUACCACACUCGAUGAGUCCUUACCAGGAAACCAUUGCAAACACCUGUUUACUUCCAUGGAUACUCAGACCAGAGCUAUGGAAAAUCAAACAUUUACUGAAUUGUUUCAACUUGCCAUCAUAAACCUAGAGCAGACUCCAGAAUUUGCCAGCAUCUACAGAAACAACAGUGAAUAUUUCUCGAAUGAGCUGUCUUGUAUCAUCCAGUCAUUACAGUUUGCUUCUAAUUUUCUUUCAAAAUUAAACACUGUCUCCAACCUUAAGCAUCACUGGAUCGAAGAAAAGUAUCAGACUCUGACAGCCAUCUCUAAGGAGCUGCCCUUGAAUAAGGUGACCUGCCUAAUUCCAGCCUUUCAGACUAUGGAUAGUGUAUUUAAAUCUUAUCCUUUAAACAUUUUGGUGCCUAUUAUUUUGAAUGAAACAGACUGGAAGUCACUAAAUAUCUCUGGCAGUUCAUUGGACUGGAUUGGGUUGCCUCUGUUUUCCAGUCUACGGCCAGUUGUUCCCCGGUGGAAUGCCAGGAUAUAUGAAGUGUUACAGAUGAUCCAAAACAACUCCAGCCAGUCUGAAUGGGGAUAUUUCUCAAGAUUCUGGAAAAGCAUUGGCAAUCUGACAGUCACCAAAUGGAACCUGACAGAAGUGAAACUCCUGGAAAUGAUGACAAAAACUUUCAAUGUUGUUGACAUUGGAUUAGCUGCCAAGAAAUCAAAAGCACACCAGUUCCUUUAUAAGUCUAACUUGGGAAUGAAACCCUCAUAUUUGGAAGAUAUAUUUAGUGUGCUAAAACUCUUCCUCAACACAACUUCUGCCACAAACCACAAUCCAGUCUCAGAGAGGCUGUUUAAAAGUUUUGCUCCCCCAAGCGAGGCCCCUGCUGAAAGACGUCUCUUUAUGAAUCUCUAUUCAGGGGAAACACAACGUUUUUUAAACUUAUCUAGCGUAAUUUGGUAUCGAUACAUUUUAAAUGACCAGCUUUUAUCCCUCCAAAAACUCCUUGCUUACAAGGCAAAGGUGUACACAACUCAAUAUUACCUACUGAUGUCUUCCCUGUCUAAACAAAUGCAGCUUUUCCGAAAUUCCACUCAGGGGAAUGAGUUCACUAGUUACAGGCGCAUUGCUGAAAUAUUAGGGUCCACAGAAUGGAACAGUACAGAUGUGAUUGCCUCUGAGUCCCUUUUCGACGCCUUGCAAAAACAGUUACAGACAGUGGGAAAAAAUUCAGGUCUCCCUUUCAGUAACAAACUGGAGCAGUGGAUGAAACUUGCAUCCCAAGCGUAUCAUGGAGCAGACUCCAGAGAACCCAGUUUCUCAAAGUUUUUGCAAGCAGUACAAAGGGGCAUCUUCAUUUUAAAUGACGUCCAAGAAAAGUUUAAUGUCAGUGGACUGAAGGCUGUUGAUCGGCUGAUGAAUUUCGACAAUAACUCCAUCCAGAGAUUGCCUAAAAUAUUGUGGAUAGGAUUGAAAAUCCUUUAUGACACCAGAUUGGGCGAAGCAUCCCAUAAAGAAAAAAUAGCUGUGGUCUAUAAUUUCUCACACCUACUACUUCGAAGGGAACUCAACCAGCCUUCUUUACACCCCGAUACUUCAUUAGAAGCAAAAGUGUUGGAUUUCUUGCAGCUAGCCCUGAGUCCCUUCCUAGCAGAAAGUAAUACUCAGAAUGAAAAGCCACAGAACUGCUCUGUCCAAGACUUUCUUCACAUAACACUUCAGACGUUCCUUAAAAAUACCACACUUAGUGAGUCCUUACUAGGAAGCCAUUGUGAACGCCUGUUUACUUCCAUGGACAUGCACACCAGAACCAUGGAAAAUCAAACAUUUACUGAAUUGUUUCAACUUGCUAUCAGAAACCUAGAGCGGACUCCAGAAUUUGCCAGCAUCUACAGAAACAAUAGUGAAUAUCUGUCAAGUGAAUUGUCAUGUAUUGUCCAGUCAUUACAGUUUGCUUCUCGUUUUCUUUCAACCUUAAAUACUAUCUUUCACGUUAAAAAUCCUUGGAUAGAAGAAAAGUACCAAACAUUGACAGCCGUCUCUAAAGAACUGUCCCACAGUAAGGUAACCUGCCCACUGCCAGCUUUUCAGCAUAUGGACAGAGUAUUUAAAUCCCAUCCUUUAAGCUGUUUGAUUGCUUCCAUCUUGAACGCGAUGGACAUGAAUUCACAAAAUUUGUCUAGGAGCUCAGUGGAUUGGAAGAACUUGUUCGUUCCCUGGAUUGGUACCCAGUGGAACUCCAGACUGUAUGAACUACUACCGAUGGUCCGUAGUUCCCCCAGCCCCUCUGAAUGGAAUAAUUUCUUCAGUAUCUGGGAAAAAGUUGACAAGUUGCUAGGCACCAAAUGGAAUCUGACCAAACCAGUGGGGUAUGGAAAGCUGCUGGAAGUGAUGAAAAGGGAUCUGGCUGACAGCCAAUCCGCACCAAUAGAUGCCGCUCAUGUUAAGAAACUGAACUUUUCUGAUCGGCUAGCCUUAUUGAAAAUGGAUCGCAGUCCAGAGUCUGUCUCUACUAGAGCCAAUUUUGAUGGUGUAUUGGGCAGCAUGGCUCAUCCUUUCCGUGUUAUAGCAGAAACCUUUUUCAAUAAAGCCCUCACUCGGAAUGAAGGCAAACAAACCCUGUCUCCUACCAACUUGAUCGCCCAGUUUCUGUUUUUAGAAUUGGAAAAAGCCAUCUUACAGGUGUCCUCCAAUAACAUCUACAAACCUUACCUGACCUGUUUAAUGAAUGUGAGUGGCAGCCAAGAUAGUGAGUUGUCAGAAACGGUAGCGCUUCUCCUGAACCGCACUCGGCUGAAGGAUGCUCCUUUCAAUCUAAGUGACACCGCUGGGAGACAUGCUUCUAUUCCAGAGAUCCUACAGGUCAAAACAUCGCGCCUCCGAAGCCUGAUAAAGCUUCUUUGUGACUACCAGAGCUUUAAAUCACUGCAGCGUAUGUGUCAGCUCCCGACGGUGCGCUUUGAAGCACUGUGUGAGCAGAGUCAAUUUCACGAGCAGCUCCUUCACAGCAUUGAGUUAAGCAGUCACCUUGUGACAAAUGUCGUGAAUCACAACAGGGUUGCGCGAGAACUUCAAGAUGUACUGAUCGGGGAUCCCACAAAAAUCCAGUCACAAAUGAGUUGGUUUCAAAAAACUAUACCGCAAAUUGAUUAUUUUCGAGAUAUCUCUCGGCAUAUGGCUAUGAUAAGUUCCCUGAUGAAUACCACUGAGAAUGCAACAGUUUCUACUAAACAAGAAACGUUAAUGGCGGUGUUUAAAAAUGUCACCCAGCUCAAAGAGGAGCUCAGAAAUAAAGCUGGAAUGUCCCCAGCAAGUGUCAAAGCCCUGGUGGAAACCCCUCUCCCAGAAAACAUAACGCAGCUCAUUUCUCAGCUUCUCCAGCUGGAGUCAUGUGACAUCCGUUCCAUCGACCCAAAGCUAGAACCAGUUGUGAGGAAAUUCUGCAACCUGUCACUUCCAGAAAGGGCCCGUCAAUCUUAUGUCCUGGGGGUCAUACUUUUACGUCACCUGGACAUUUACACCUUUCUCUACAAGAUGUUUUUCCCCAAAGAGCUACAAAAAUCAAUGGACAAGACGUUAGGCCUCCUCAAAGAGAUGGAGCAUUUCAGGGACCAGGUGGCAUCUGACCUGCACCCACUGAUAGAUGCGAUUAAUUCAUUCAGAAACCUACAGCGGUCUCGAAAGGUGCCCCUCUCCAAGGCAUUGUUUAAAACAACCAACCAAACAGGAACUCAUGGAUCAUUUAAGGCCAUUUCGAAAGCUCUCUGCAACGAGGAAAUCACACCCUUGUUUUUUGAAUCCUUGCUUCCUAAUUUUGGAAAUCCCCCAAGUCCGGGUGCUUCUAUCCAGGAUGAAAAUGUGCAGAAGAUCAUGAGGAAAUACGGCAUCCCCCAGGAUUCCACUCCAUUCUGUUUAUCCUUUUAUCUGGAUUUGGUCAGCACCUCUACCGGAGCUUUAAUAUGGUCUUUCCUCAAACCUAUGCUGCUCGGGAAGAUUCUGUACACACCAGACACCCCGGAAACUCGAGCAAUCAUGGAAAAGUCUAAUGCAACCCUGAAGCAGAUGGCUGAUCUGAUGCAAAAGUCCCAGGAAUGGCUGGACAAGUCGCCGUUGAUCAUGAGUUCACUGACUACCUUAAACCAAACCAUUCCAGUAGUCAAGAAUACCCUGCAGAAUCCAUUCGUGCAAGUUUUUAUCAAACUCAUGGUGGAGCUGGAUGCUCGUGAGCUGCUGAGCCAAAUAAAUGAACUGGACGAUAUAAGGUUGGAGUUGCAGAACAACGCCGACAUCAUCAAUCAGCUGAACAUACUAUCUAACCUGGCAGUAAAUGUUUCCUCCUGCGUGUUGUUUGAUCGCAUUCGGGUGGCAAAAACCAGAGAGGAGCUGGAAACAGAAGCCAAAGAGCUGUUUCUGAAGAAUGAACUCUUUGGAAGUGUCAUUUUCACGCUACCGUCAAACAGCACCAGAUGGAGGAGAGCAGCUCCCGGCAGUCUCUCCCUUCCACCGUUGGUCAAUUAUACUCUCCGAAUGAGCAGCAGGAUUUCCCAAACGACCAAUAGGAUCAGGGAGAGGAUCUGGACCGUGGGCCCACAUAAUUCGGCCUCUCAGAGCCAGAUCUACAGCCGAGCCUUUAUCUAUAUCCAGGACAGCAUUGAGAGAGCGAUCAUUGAGUUACAGACCGGGAAGAGUCCACAGGAAAUAGCUGUCCAAGUCCAGGCGACUCCCUACCCCUGUUACAAUAAGGAUAGGUUCCUGAGUAGUGUCACCUACUCACUUCCCUUUGCUCUCAUGGCUGCCUGGUGCCUGUUUAUAGCUGCUUUUGUGAAGAAGCUCGUUCAAGAGAAAGAUCUCCGGCUUUAUGAGUAUAUGAAGAUGAUGGGUGUCAACUCUAGCAGCCAUUUCAUUGCCUGGUUCAUCGAAUGCGCCACCUUCCUUCUAAUCACAGUCACGUUUCUCAUCGUUAUCCUGAAAGUUGGCAACAUCCUUCCCAAAAUCAACGUGGUGAUCCUGUUCCUGUACCUCAUGGACUACAGCCUCUCCAUCAUAGCCAUGUGCUACCUCAUCAGCGUCUUCUUCAACAACACCAACAUUGCCGCUUUGGUUGGCAGCCUCAUAUACAGUCUUACCUUUUCUCCCUUCAUUGUGCUGCUGGUAAUUGAGAACCAUCUGAGCUUCUCGGUGAAGAGUCUCAUGAGCCUGUUGUCCCCUACUGCAUUCAGUUAUGCUAGUCAAUACAUUGCUCGUUAUGAGGAACAGGGUACAGGUCUGCAAUGGGACAAUCUGUAUAGCUCACCAAUGGCUGGCGACAAUACUUCUUUUGGCUGGAUGUGCUGGUUAAUUUUGAUAGACUCUGUCAUCUAUUUCCUUCUGGGCUGGUACAUUAGAAACGUUUUCCCAGGAAAAUAUGGCAUGGCUUCCCCGUGGUAUUUCCCAUUGCUCCCAUCCUACUGGGCCGAGCACUACGGUUACAUGCCAUUAUGGGAUGAGAAAAGAUGCAACCUCCUCUUCGCCAAACUCUUGCUGAGGAAGCAGGUUGAAGUCACCAAAAAGAUGUAUGUCAAAAGUGCCCUUCCUCCUACCCUCGAGCCUGACCCCCCCAACCUCACCGUGGGAGUGUCUCUUCAUGGAAUAAUGAAGACCUAUGGCUCCAAAGCUGCCGUGGAGAACCUCAGCCUGAACUUCUAUGAAGAAAACAUCACCUCCUUGCUGGGGCACAAUGGAGCUGGGAAAACAACAACAAUAUCUAUUUUGACGGGGCUGUUUCCUGCGUCAUCAGGCACGAUAUGUGUUUAUGGCAAAGAUAUCCGGACAGAUCAGGACCUCAUCCGGAAGAACAUGGGUGUCUGUAUGCAGCACAACGUGCUCUUUAGCUACCUCACGGCCACGGAACACUUGCUGCUCUACGGCCACAUCAAAAUCCCGCACUGCAGUGAGCAGAAGCUAGACGAGGAAGUGAAAAGGACUCUGAAGGAUACCGGCUUGUACAACCAUCGUCACAAGUUAGCCGGCGCUCUGUCGGGAGGGAUGAAAAGAAAGCUGUCUAUAUCAAUAGCUCUCCUUGGUGGAUCACGGGUCGUGAUCUUGGAUGAACCAACCACUGGAGUGGAUCCAUGUUCUCGGAGGAGUAUUUGGGAGAUUAUAUCGAAAAAUAAAAAAGGCCGGACAAUUAUUCUCUCGACCCAUCACUUGGACGAAGCAGAAGUUUUGAGUGACCGAAUCGCUUUCCUGGAACAGGGAGGACUCAAAUGCUGUGGAUCUCCGUUCUACCUCAAAGAAACCUUUGGUGAUGGAUACCACCUGACUCUCACCAAGAAGAAGUGUCCGAACCAGCACCUGACAGAGGAGUGCGACACUGCGGCGGUGACCUCCCUGAUCCAGUCCCACCUGCCAGCAGCUUAUCUCAAGGAAGACGUCGGUGGAGAGCUUGUAUAUGUGCUUCCGCCGUUCAACUCUGGAGUCUCUGGAGCAUAUCAGUCUCUGCUGAGGGUUUUAGAUUCCGGCCUGAGCGAUCUCCACAUUGGCUGCUAUGGCAUUUCAGACUCCACUGUGGAAGAGGUAUUUCUUAACUUGACUAAGGACCUGGAGAAAGAUAAACAGCAUGAACCUGGGUUGUCCCAGCAAGUGCCUCAGCCCACUAAUCUAAUGGACAGCAAGGAGAUGUCUGUGAGCAUUGACAGCUUCACAGAAAGAGACGACCAAGGCCUGGUGAGAUCAAAAAGGGUGACCGGUUUGCCGCUGCUGCUCAAGAAGAUGAUGGCCGUUUUCAUGAAGAGGUUCCACCACACCCGACGGAAUUUGAAAGGCUUUUUAACGCAGGUCGUCCUCCCAGUGGUCUUUGUGACAGUAUCCAUGGGCCUCAGCACUUUGAGAACAGAGGUGGCUGAAUACCCAGCGCUCCACCUUUCUCCCUCGCUGUAUGGUUCAUCUGGGCAGGCAGAUUUCUUUGCGAAUUUUAACGAGACCACCGAUGAGUUAGUGGCGUCAAUGCUUUCUUUCCCUGGAACAGAUAACACCUGCUUGAAUGAAAGCAAUUUGGGGUGUUUGAAGGAUGACAUGCUGGGCCCGUGGGUAUUCCGUGGGAACCAGAGCACGAGAUACUCCGCGUGUAACUGCACAGACAGCAGCCAGACAUGCCUAAAUUAUGACUUCUCCCCACCUCACAAAAGGACUUUUUCCUCUCGGCUGGUUUAUAACCUGACGGGGCACGAUGUGGAAACGUACCUUCUCGCCACUGCCAAAGAGUUCAUCCAGAAAAGAUACGGCGGCUGGAGCUUCGGGUUGCCCUUACCGACUGAGCUCAAGUUUGAUAUCACUCCAGUGCCGGCUAACAGAACGCUAACUAAGGUGUGGUAUAACCCAGAGGGAUAUCACAGCCUUCCAGCCUACCUCAACAGCCUCAACAACUUCAUUCUUAGAGCAAAUGUGCCGAAAAAUAAGUCUUCCGAAUACGGUAUUUCCGUUGUGAGUCACCCUUAUCCCGGAGGGCAGUGUAAAGAACAAGUCAUGCUCAGUAGCUUACUUGACAUCCUAGUCUCCAUGUCUAUCUUGAUUGGCUACUCCAUCACCACAGCCAGCUUUGUGCUGUACGUGGUAAAAGAACAUCAAACCAAAGCGAAGCAACUGCAGCAUAUUUCAGGCAUUAGUGUGACCAUCUAUUGGGUGACUAACUUCAUCUACGAUCUGGCUCUUUUCACGGUCCCGGUCACACUCUCAAUAGGCGUUAUUUCAGCUUUCCAAAUACCUGCUUUCUUCAAUAAUAAUAACCUACUGGCUGUCUAUCUUCUCAUGAUGAUGUUUGGAUACGCAACGUUUUCGUGGAUGUACUUGCUGGCUGGCAUCUUCAAGGAAACGGGAAUGGCCUUCAUCGUUUAUGUCAGCAUCAACUUGUCCUUUGGCAUUAAUACCAUCAUUACUCACUCGGUGGUGUUUCUGCUUUCCCAAGAAAAGGCUGGUGAUCAGGGCUUGCACGAUCUCGCUGAAAUCUUGAGGCACGUUUUCCUGAUCUUCCCACAAUUCUGCUUUGGCUACGGCUUGAUUGAAUUGUCCCAGCACCAGGCACUAAUGGGCUUCUUGAAAGCUUAUGGUGUGGAUUACCCCAAUAAAACUUUUGAGCUGGACCACAUAAGCUCCAAGCUGCUGGGCAUGUUUAUCCAGGGCACGAUAUUCUUUGCCAUUCGGCUCUUAGUGCGUGACGGGAUGAUUCAGAAAGUCUGGUCUGGUAUAUUAGAGUUCCUGUUCAACAAAGUGCAUGGCAGGCUGCCGCUUCUGCUGCCGGAAGCUGAUGAAGACGAAGAUGUUCAGGCUGAGCGUGAGCGGGUUGAGUCAGGCCAAGCAGACAACGACGUGGUGCAACUGCAGAGCCUCACCAAGAUCUACCAUCUUCCUCUGAGAAGGAUCAUGGCAGUCAAAAACAUCAGCGUUGGGAUCCCAGCAGGCGAGUGCUUCGGGCUGCUUGGUGUGAACGGCGCUGGAAAGACGACCAUCUUUAAAAUGCUCACGGGAGACAUUGGGGCUACCAGCGGAAGACUGCGUGUCCGGGAUCAAACUGGGUCCCUGAGUGACAUUGAUGACACCCACUGGUCACUGUUUGGCUACUGCCCUCAAGAAGAUGCCUUGGAUGACUUGCUGACGGUGGAAGAGCACAUGUACUUCUACGCUCGGCUACACGGCAUCCCAGAGAAACAGAUUAAAGGAAUCGCACUUCAGCUUCUUCAUAGACUUAAUCUGAUGCCAUACAAAGACAGAGUCACCUCCAUGUGCAGCUAUGGCACUAAUAGGAAGUUAUCGACCGCACUGGCCCUCGUCGGGAACCCGUCGAUUCUACUGCUGGAUGAACCAAGCUCUGGAAUGGAUCCUAAUGCUAAACGACACCUUUGGAAAAUCAUCACCGAGGAAGUACAGAACCAAUGUUCAGUAAUCCUCACUUCUCACAGCAUGGAAGAAUGUGAAGCUCUCUGUACCAGGCUGGCGAUUAUGGUGAAUGGGCGUUUCCAGUGCCUUGGCUCUUUGCAGCAUAUUAAGAGCAGGUUUGGAAGAGGCUUCACGGUGAAGAUGCACCUGAUGAGCAGUGCGGUCAGCACGGAGGCUCUGACGGAGUUAAUGCAGUCACACUUUCCAAACACAUGCCUGAAGGACCGGCAUCUCAACACGGUGGAAUACCACGUGCCAGUCUCAGCAGGAGGAGUAGCAAACAUAUUCGAUCUUCUGGAAACCAACAAAAUGGCCUUCAAAAUCAGGCACUUCUCAGUGAGUCAAACCACUCUAGAGGAGGUUUUCAUCAACUUUGCCAAAGACGAAAGCGGUGCUGACAACGCAGAGGCAAGUACAGAUGUAGGCUCAGACGGCUCCAAUGCAAGUUGCCAAGAUAGUCACAUAAAUGCCAUCUGUUAAAGGGAUAUUGUGGUGUUUUAAAAAAUGACAUUUUUCUAAA